AAACAGACCCCAAGUUCUUUAUUUUAUCUUCAUACUUCUGCAUUUAUUUACAGUACAGAACUUAUUACAUAAGAAAUGGAGAAUCAGUUCUGCCUUUUGUCUUCAAUGACAUCAUGGGCUUAGAAUCCGAAGACUCAAAUGGUGCAGAUCCAGAAGACAUUGCCAAAGCCCUUGAGGGUCUCCUUAAAGAAGGACACAAUUUCAAUCCAACUGAUUCUGCUAAAAAUUACGACUGCAAAAGUGAAACAAGCCCUGAGGAUCUGACAUACUGUCUGGUCUAUGUCAUAGCAGCUGACAAAGUGUCAAUGAUGACUAAAGAAGUCUUCAAAAAGAUGAAAUACAUUAGACAGAAGGCCAGCAGUCUGGAAAUUCCUCAGGCAGUCAUCAUGACGAGGGUGGAUGAAGCUUGCCCACUAGUCGAAAAAAACCUAAGAAAAAUCUACACUAGCAAAAAGAUUAAAGAGAAGAUGCAGAUAUGCUCUAAUUCAGUUGGUGUCCCUGUGAGCCACAUCUUCCCUGUGAAGAACUACCAUGAGGAGAUUGAUACACAAAAUGACAUUGAUGUACUGAUCCUGAGGGCUCUAACACAGAUUGUGCAAAUUGCAGAUGAUCUAGUGAACAGAAGAAAACAUGAUUCUGAAAAAUUGUUAAUCUGUAACACAACAGAGAAAGCAUAGACAACUGUGGGAAUGUGUAUUAAUGAAUGUUACUUCUUCUCAUACUGUGUAAUGUAUAACUGUAGCUUUAUACGCAAGGCUGAACUGCUUCCUAUGUUUCUGGUAAGAACUGAUAAACCAGUACAUGGAGCUCCAGGAACUGGGACGCAUGUUAACCCUUGAGCAGACAGGGAGGGUGAUAUAUGUACUUGAGAUUUCUGUUCUCAGCCACUUCUUUUCUCAUGGGCCACUUCUCAACUGACACUUGACUAGUAAGUGACAUUAAUAAAAAGA